AUGAAGUUUCUAGCGCUCAUAUCAGGUGGGAAGGACUCAUUCUACAAUAUUUUUCACUGUUUGAAAAACGAUCAUGAGUUAAUUGCACUAGGAAAUCUAUAUCCAAAGGAAUCGGACAAGCAAGAGUUAGAUUCUUUCAUGUUCCAAACUGUGGGACACGAUCUCAUUGAUAACUACUCCGAAUGUAUUGGUGUUCCAUUAUUCAGACGGCAUAUACUAUCUAACAGUUCUAAAAAUGUGGAACUGAAUUAUUCAGCCACUCAGGAUGAUGAAAUCGAAGAGCUGUAUCAACUACUGAAAACUGUCAAAGAUCAACUCCCAGAUUUAGAAGCUGUUAGCGUAGGCGCCAUUCUGUCAUCUUAUCAGAGAACCAGGGUCGAAAAUGUCUGUUCCAGAUUAGGUCUUGUAGUGUUAAGUUAUUUAUGGCAAAGAGAUCAAGCUGAAUUGAUGAGUGAAAUGUGUUUCAUGUCCAAAGACGUUAACGAUGUUGAAAGCGCUACUAGUUCGGGAAAUAAGUUCGACGCUAGGAUCAUCAAAGUGGCCGCAAUCGGAUUGAACGACAAACAUCUAGGCAUGUCGCUUCCUAUCAUUCAACCACUUUUACAUAAACUAAACCAACUUUAUCAAGUCCAUAUUUGUGGGGAAGGUGGAGAAUUUGAAACGAUGGUUUUAGAUGCACCUUUUUUCAAACAUGGAUAUCUGAAGCUUACUGAUAUGGCGAAAUCCAAUGACGGUGAUGUCCAUAACGCAAGAUUAAAAGUGGAAUUUCAACCACGUAUUUUAAGUGAUGAUUUUUUACAGACUCAACUGGAUAAGUUACCUGUACCUCCGAUUUUGCAUGAUGACUGGCUAGAACUAUCCCAAGUACUAAAACAAAGACAGACGGAAACAAGACAAAGAGAGUUAAAAACCCUAGCACUAGAGAAAGUGAUGGGAACGUCAACCAAUAAAAUCAACGACAAGCUCUACAUCUCAAACCUAAAAUCAUGUACAUCCAAAACGGUGGAAGAACAAAGUAAAGAUAUUUUUACAGAACUAGCUGAGAUUUUACGCUCCAAUGGGAUUCCCCGCUCUUAUAUAUUAUCAUCAUCCCUACUAGUCAAAGAUAUGUCUAAUUUUGGAAAAAUCAAUAAGAUAUACAAUGAGUUUUUAGACGUGACGAAAUACGGUCCAUUGCCUCCAUCAAGAGCAUGUGUAGGCUCCAGAUGCUUGCCUGAAGGUUGCCAUGUCCAGCUAUCAGUGGUCAUUGAUACUGAAGUAAGAAAARACAGCGGUGAUAAUGUUAAGGAACACAAGAGCGGCUUGCAUGUCCAAGGACGUUCAUAUUGGGCGCCGUGUAAUAUUGGACCGUAUUCGCAAGGUAUCUGGUCAAGCGAUGAUGCAAACCAAGUGUGUUUUAUUAGUGGACAAAUCGGACUUAUACCUCAAUCUAUGGAGCUAAUGCAACAGGAUUCUCUCCAUCAAACAGUUCUGGCUUUACAACAUUUUGACACACUGUGUAAAACAAUAAACACGCAGAGAAAAUUGUCCAUGACAUGUUAUAUUUCAGAUGAGUCUAUCAUUCACAAUGCUUGCGAAGCCUGGGUGCUUUACUGCUGUCAAAUGAGUGAUGAAUCAGACCUAUGGAUGGAUAAAAUGGACGAUGACAAAGAAUGUUUAAUCAUUGUAAAGAUUUCGGAAUUACCUAGAGGUGCUGUUGCCGAAUGGGGUGGUAUUACUUGUAAGGAAUUAGUUAUAGAAGAAGAAGAAGACGAAGUUGAUGAUGACGAGGAAACGGACGACAUCUCACCCAAGAUUCAAGAGCUAAACUUAGAUACUGAUGACUUACACACCAUCACAGUCACUUCGCCUGGAUCUCAUAAACAAUUCUCUACAGGAUUUGUAGAUGAAAAAGAGAAGCUAUUGCUUGUCCUAAAAAAAACCUCAAAAUCGGCUCAAGUAACUCUCUAUUAUAAUCCAGACGAUGACGUUCCUUUUUACCAACACGUAGAAUAUUAUCCGGUAGAGAGAAUUUUUGACUGUCGUGGUAAUGAGCAUCGCUUUGGCAUACAUGUUCGUUCAUGA